GGGAACUUGCUACUGGUAAAUCUUGCUUGGUGCUCAAAUUUGUUAAUGACGAAUUUCAUAAAAACAUAGGGCCAACUAUUGGUGUCGACUUUUUAUCUAAAAGGUUUCAGUUGGAUGAUGCAAAAUUUAAAUUUGAAAUCUGGGAUACUCCUGGCCUGAAAAAAUAUCGUUUGCUCACCCUAAUGUAUUGUCGCAAUGUUCAAGCAGCUAUAGUUGUUUAUAAUGUUAUGAAAGCUCACUCACUUGAUAAAGCUAAAUCUUUUGUAAAAGAAUUAUGGCGUCAAGCAAACCCAAACAUUGUUAUUGCUUUUGUAGAUAAUAAAAUAAAUCUAGUUCAACCUUACGAAGAUGAAGAGGAUGAAUGUCCAAAGAAAAGAGAUAAUGUGCGUGAUAUUUUCACAGAGAUCGCUAAAAA